AUGGCACGGAGUGAGAUAGACCAGUUACUUCAACGCCUUCAGGAAGCUGAGAGACAACGUGAAGAUGCUGAGAGACAACGUGAAGAUGCUGAGCGACAACUUAAAGAAGAAAGAAAACGACGUGAAGAUGCUGAACAAGAACAUGAAAAAGAACAAAAACGGCGUGAAGAUGCUGAACAACAACUUAGAAAUACCACACUACCUGAGUUCCUUCAUGCUUGUCAUGAAGAAUUAUUUCGUGGCCUAAAGGUCCACAAGGAUAAGAAUUCUUCAACAAAAGGGGACCCGGCAAAUGCAGAGCGCAAAAUCCGCCCAAAUAAUAUUAGGGAGUGGACAGGUUUUCCACAAGAGCAGAUGGAAGUGUGGGGUUACAUCAUGGAUAGUGGCUUUGUCACCGAACGCCAUUUCACCUCAUUUUCGACAUUGAAUGACUAUGGAAAGGAGGUACAAGACAGGAUGCUGAGCUCAGAACUGGACCUAGGUUAUUUUGAACGGCAUACCGUUGAAUCACGUGUCGCUUCAGUUGUCAAGGUGCUAUAUGCAAAUGUGCGACUUCGACGAAUCUUCCACCUGCAUGGAGACGUGACCUUUGAAAACCAUGCUAAUACCUUGACGGAUGAGUCAAGAAUCGUCGAGGAUUUGAGCUCUAUGAGCUUAACACAGGAUCAGCCACGCCGCUCUAGGCGCUUGGCAGCAAAAAAGAGCGGAGGUAAACACUCGGCUACGCCGCCGGAGAGAAGUCGGGCUACGCAGCCAAGGAGUGUCAGGCCUAGAGCAGACCAAUUUUGCGUUUACAAUAAGGGCUCAGAGCGAAAGGACCCUGCCUUUAUUAUCGAAUAUAAGGCACCUCAUAAGGUCUCCCUCGCCCAUAUUAAGGCUGGACUACAUGACAUGGAUGUCGACGAGGUACUUCGCGUGCAAGAGGAGGAAUCUCCAGAAUACACUUGUCGCCGCGUUAUAGCAGCAGUCAUUACUCAGGCUUAUUCUUAUAUGAUCAAGGGCGGCCUGGAAUUUGGUUACGUGUGUACUGGUGAAGCGUUUAUAUUUCUCCGUGUACCCCAUGAUGACUUUUCUACCGUAUACUACUACUUGUCAGUGCCAGAAGAGGAUGUUGGGCAAUCAACAGGGUGGAGUGGUAAUCUACAUGAUGAUAACCGGCUGCACCUUACUGCAGUGGGCCAGGUAUUGGCUUUCACUCUCCGGGCUUUACAAGCGCCGGUACGGGAUGCUGCUUGGAAACGCCGCGCAGAAGACAGUCUAGAGACAUGGUCUAUGAUCUACGAUGACCUCUUAGAUGAAAUUUCGGAGUAUAAUAUACCAUCUUCCGCCUUCAAAUCGCCACCGAGUCAGAACGGAUACCUCCGCGUAUCUCCUGUUAAAACCAGGUCAAUGUCCGCUGCGGUCGCUUCUUGCAAUUCUUCACAGCAUCAGAGAUUAUCUAACGACGAUGAUACCGAGGACGAUCCAGAUACACCCAGUCGACAGCCACAAAAGCCUCGUGUUCUUCACUCGUCACCUUCAUGUUCGUCGCCUUCGAAAACGUCAGAAGGCUCACAUACCAAGGGCAAAUUUCGGCAGUAUUGCACACAACAAUGCCUAAGGGACUUGAUCAUGAAGGGAAAUUUAGAUAUCAAGUGUCCUAACGCUCUGGACCAUGGUCAACAUCAAUUGGGUCUGGGAGCCCUUAUGCUUCGAUUAUAUGAGCAGCUCUCUAGCAACAAUCCCAAUUGCGAGUCCCUGCAUAUCCAUGGAACACGCGGGGCACUUUUCAAAGUAACCCUCUUGCCGCAAGGUUAUACCUUUGUGGGGAAAGGUGUGCCGGUCGAGUUUGUGAACUACUUGAAGCAUGAAGAGUCUGUGUAUUCCCAUCUUACCCCAAUUCAAGGGGUAUAUGUGCCAGUAGUACUCGGCAGCCUCGAACUUCGUCAGCCGCUCUCAUAUGAUGGCAUUGCAGAUAUGGUUCAUAUGAUGUUCAUGAGCUAUACGGGGCAAACGCUAGUAAAGCGGAAUGAAACUGACCGCACCCAAUUGAUUCCAAAAGUCGAGGAAUCUUUACAAGCGAUUCACCGACUUGGCGUGAUCCACCGUGAUCCAAUAGCUGGAAACAUGACCUGGAAUGAAGAAUGCAGGCAGGUCAUGUUCAUUGACUUUGAGCGGGCAGCGGUUAAAAACAGACGAAACCCAUUAAAGUCCGUAUCGCCAAAUAAAAAGCGAAAACGAGAGACCAGGAUAUUGGACAAGCGCUCAAAAACGGGUUUUAAUUGCUUUGAGCGUGAAAUACAACGUAUGAAAAACAACAUAUGA